GAAAAUAUUGUCAAACAUAUGAGUUCCAAGAUGCUACUAUCCAACAUAUAGUUUAAAUUUCAUUAGAUUUGAUGAUUUCUUUGACGUUCAUUUUUGUACCUAUCUUCUCGCUUUAACCUUACCUACUAACCACAUUAUAAGAUAAUCAUUAUAUAUAUCCGAUCUUGAAUUUUUGAUGUCUCUCGUUUGUAAGUUUUAACUUGGAUUAGUCGUUAACCUUAUUUUGCCAAAUAUAACCAUCCAAAAUGUUGGUCGUUUUUUCUUUCAAAAUCGUGGGCCCACUGUAAAAAACGUGGCUUUGGGAUACAUGUUGACGAUGACCUCUUAAGUCUUACCUCAUCCUAAACGGCAAAAAAAAAAAAAUCAUAACGCAUAAUUACAUAUGCGUACAAUACAAUUCAACGAGUGUGUAUAUAAAAUAAGAGUUCCAUUUGCUAUUUUCUAAGCUCACUACUUGUAUACAUUCGUCUGUGUGAAAGGCUAUAGUAAUCGAAGAUGCAUCUAAGGGUUGUACUUUGCUUCUUCUCCUUGCUUCUAAGUAUCGCCGGAUUAGCCACCACCGGCGCUGCACGUACAACCUUUAGCAGCACAAGUGACCGGAGGAGGAGCCUUUUGGAUAAUGGACUUGGCCGGACUCCCCAAAUGGGAUGGAAUAGUUGGAAUCACUUUGCUUGUAAUAUCGAAGAAAAGUUAAUCAGGGAAACAGCGGAUGCAAUGGUGUCAACUGGACUUGCUGCUGCAGGAUACCAAUAUGUUAAUCUAGAUGACUGUUGGGCUGAACUCAAUAGAGAUUCAAAGGGGAAUUUCGUUCCUAAAAGAGAUACAUUUCCAUCUGGAAUCAAAGCUUUAGCUGAUUAUGUUCAUAACAAAGGAUUAAAGCUUGGAAUUUACUCUGAUGCAGGAUCUCUAACAUGCAGCAAACAAAUGCCUGGAUCAUUAGGCCACGAAGAACAGGAUGCGAAAACCUUCGCCUCAUGGGGGAUCGAUUACUUAAAAUAUGAUAACUGUAACAAUCAAGAUAUAAGCCCCAAGGAAAGGUAUCCAGUAAUGACAAAAGCUUUGCAAAAUUCAGGAAGGCCCAUUUUUUAUUCUCUAUGCGAAUGGGGCCAAGAGGAUCCUGCAACAUGGGCACAUGGAGUUGGCAAUAGCUGGAGGACGACCGGAGAUAUUUCUGAUAAUUGGGAUAGCAUGACUAGUCGGGCAGACGAAAAUGACAAAUGGGCAGCUUAUGCAAAACCGGGCGGAUGGAACGAUCCUGACAUGUUGGAAGUCGGUAAUGGAGGAAUGACAACAGAGGAAUAUCGUUCACAUUUUAGCAUUUGGGCGCUAGCAAAAGCACCUCUACUUGUUGGUUGUGACAUACGAUCUAUGAGCAACGAAACAUAUGAAAUUCUUACCAAUAAAGAAGUCAUUGCUGUGAAUCAAGAUCCACUUGGAGUUCAAGGAAAAAAGGUUAAGAAGGAUGGAGAUUUGGAGGUGUGGGCGGGCCCACUUGCACAUAACAAAGUAGUUGUAAUUCUAUGGAAUAGAGGAGGGUCGACAAGUGAAAUUACUGCUUAUUGGUCAGAUAUCGGGCUCAAAUCAUCGACAGUUGUGAAGGCUCGUGACUUGUGGGCUCAUUCAACUAGAAAAUCAGUGAAGAAACAUAUCUCAGCAAGAGUAGAAUCCCAUGCUUGUAGAAUGUACCUUCUUACUCCACAAUAAGGAGGAAUAGAGUGUGUACACGAAUACACCAUGAAUCAAAUAAAUAAAAAUAAAGAUUUGCAAUUUUGUUAAAAAUGAUGUGUAGUGUGAAAUGAGGUUUAAAAUGGUUUUUGGAACUUUCCAUGAACCCACACCCUAUGCAUUGUCUUUUGUUUACGCCUGUUCACCGACUUGACACAACAAUAUUCAAGCUCAACCUGAAAAAACCAGCAGCUAGGAAGAGAUCUCGGGCAGUAUUUAAAGAAAAAAAAUAAGAACGGGUGCCAUCGGAUCGUUUGUAUUCCCUAAAUCCCACUCUUUGAUCAGCCUCAAAUCGCAGCAUGGUCAUGUCAUAAAGUCCAUAAUCCCUGAAGAAGAGUAAUCCACCGGGUUUUAGAACAGAAAAACACUCAGCAAUAGCCAUCGGCAUCCUAUCAACAAUGUAACAUAAUCCACACCACCUAUGCAGCACUCACUUUCCUUUGAUGAACUUAUAAUAUCACUUAAAUCUCUUUUGUCAUUAUCAAAGUCUGAAAGAGAGUUACCAAGAAAAAAAAUAAUUGAGUCU